ACAUGUUCCCUGAUAAGUUCCUGCCUGCUAUACUGCUAUUCAGAAACAGCAACAACAAAAAAAGACUACAGCACUUCAGAAGUUGCAUUCUCAUAUUCUUGAGUGAUAGCUGAGGAAAGGCUUUCAUUCUAUUCAAGCAUUCAGUGUUGCAACUCUUAACUCUUAAUAUUUUGAGAAACACUCUCUUUGUAGGAUGUUUCUUUUAACAUCAUGGACAGAAUGCAUAAAAUGCUUUCUGUAGUGUUUUGAGUGUAAUGGUUGAUGUUUGCAGAUUUACUGUAGGAGACUACAGCUAGACUUCUGCUAUAUCAGCUUGCUAUUUAUAGCAGUUGAGUUAGAUUAAUACACCGUGGUGGAAAUAUAGCCACAUGCUGUAGUCUUUUUCAGUUAAAGCUAAGCCAUUUUAGGAUUUUUUUUUAAUUUAUUGGUAUAUGGGGCUUUACAGAAUGACUUGAAGUUGGCUGAGGCACAGGUUGAGGUCUUUAAGGUCAUGGUCUGAAGACCACAUUGAAAAAGCAUUGCAUUUAUCUUUAGGAAGUCUUCCUAUUUAUAGUAUCUAGAACUAGGAAAAAAUCCCCACAUGGUUGACUAGGAGAGGAAAAAAGUAAUAUGUCUUCAUGUAAUCAAUAGAAAAAGACCAGCAGAUUUUAUACUGAGCAAUUGACUUUACCUUCUCUGUGGCCACACAUCCAUCCUUUGAAGACUCAGCCUGACAUUGACAAGCAGUGCUGCUGACAGACAGUUCUCCCUGUCUUUUGUCAGUGUAUUUUAAGUAUCUACUCGUGAUUGUAUUUCAAUGAUAUGACCUUUAGUUUAUGUGAAACAACCACUUGUUGUGGCUGCAUGGCCAUGGCCAUGCACAUAGAGAGACUGAAAAGUGAGCUGUUUUCUUAAAUGGAGUGAGUCUUCAAGGAAUUGAACAAACUGUGAUGGGGCAGUUUUAUGAUCUGGAAUGACUGUAGUGACUCUGUGGACUCUAUGGAAUGUGGUGGGGAGGAAAGAACAAGUUUUUAAGUACUGAUUACUAGCACCAAUAUCUGGUCAUAAUGGUUUCCAUACCUGAAUAUUAUGAAGGAAAGAAUGUUCUUCUGACUGGAGCUACGGGCUUCAUGGGAAAAGUGCUUCUGGAAAAACUGCUCAGAUCUUGUCCUAAAGUCAAAGCAGUGUAUGUAUUGGUAAGACCCAAAGCAGGGCAGACACCAGAAGCACGAAUAGAGGAAAUAACCAGCUGUAAGCUCUUUGACAGGUUGAGAGAGGAGCAGCCAGACUUCAAAGAAAAAAUUAUAGUGAUUACAAGUGAACUUACUCAGCCUGAACUGGACCUUAGUGACCCAGUCAAGGAAAAACUUAUAGAAUGCAUUAAUAUUAUAUUUCAUUGUGCUGCUACAGUCAGAUUCAAUGAAACACUAAGAGAUGCCGUUCAGUUAAAUGUGCUUUCCACAAAGCAGCUCCUUUCUUUGGCACAGCAAAUGACAAAUCUAGAAGUAUUCAUGCAUGUUUCCACUGCAUAUGCAUAUUGCAAUCGAAAACAUAUUGAGGAAAUUGUUUAUCCACCUCCUGUUGAUCCCAAGAAGUUGAUGGAUUCUCUUGAGUGGAUGGAUGAUAGCCUAGUAAAUGAUAUUACUCCUAAACUUAUAGGUGACAGGCCUAACACCUACACAUAUACAAAAGCCUUAGCUGAAUAUGUAGUACAGCAAGAAGGUGCAAGACUAAACACUGCCAUUAUAAGGCCGUCUAUUGUUGGUGCUAGCUGGAAAGAGCCUUUUCCUGGAUGGAUUGAUAACUUCAAUGGACCUAGUGGUCUCUUCAUUGCUGCAGGAAAAGGAAUUCUUCGAACAAUGAGAGCUUCCAACGGUGCAGUAGCAGAUCUUGUUCCAGUAGAUGUUGUUGUCAAUAUGACACUGGCUGCAGCUUGGUAUUCUGGAGUUAAUAGACCAAGAAAUAUCAUGGUAUAUAACUGUACAACAGGUGGCACCAACCCUUUCCACUGGAGUGAAGUUGAGUACCAUGUAAUUUCUACUUUCAAGAGGAAUCCUCUCGAACAGGCCUUCAGACGGCCCAAUGUAAAUCUAACUUCCAAUCACCUUUUAUAUCAUUACUGGAUUGCUGUAAGCCAUAAGGCCCCAGCAUUCCUGUAUGAUAUCUACCUCAGGAUUACUGGAAGAAGUCCAAGGAUGAUGAAAACAAUAACACGUCUGCAUAAGGCAAUGGUAUUCUUAGAAUACUUUACAAGCAAUUCUUGGAUCUGGAAUACUGAAAAUAUGACUAUGCUGAUGAAUCAACUAAGCCCUGAAGACAAAAAGACUUUUAAUUUUGAUGUUCGACAACUACACUGGGCAGAAUACAUGGAAAACUACUGCAUGGGAACAAAGAAAUAUGUGUUGAAUGAAGAAAUGUCUGGCCUCCCUGCUGCUAGGAAACACUUAAAUAAGUUAAGGAAUAUACGCUAUGGAUUCAAUACAAUUCUGGUGAUCCUGAUUUGGCGCAUCUUUAUUGCAAGAUCACAAAUGGCAAGAAAUAUCUGGUACUUUGUGGUUAGUCUGUGCUACAAGUUCCUCUCCUACUUCAGAGCCUCCAGUACUAUGAGAUACUGAAGAACAAGAAUUUAGCAUUAGGGCAUCUAUGCAUAUAGCAGCAGUCUAACUACACAAAGUCUGUUACAUGUAAUCAUCUCACAUUUUGUAAAAACAUUAUUUUAAAUUGGAGUGCAAAAUACAUAGUAUGGUGUAUGUAAAGUUAGUUAUAUAUCUUCCUGAAAACAGAAAAUAAAAUGUUCAAGUGCCAGGCUGAAUUGACUUUAGGCAAGUAUUUAACUUUUUAACCUGAGCAGAACAUUUUAGACCACUGACCAACGUAACUGUGCAGUUUGGGACAUUUUUGAUUGAAAUCUGCCUUAACAUAAUUUUAUUUUUAUUCCACAUUGAGAAAGGUGAAUAUUGAUACAAGAUUUGCUAGUUACUGUAGACCUAUUUAUUUGAAAUCCUGCUAAAUUGCAAAGGGUUUUACAGUUGCCGCAGUGCAUAAAUGCUGGUGGAUCUCCUGGAAAAACUAUUUUUGCCACUUCUUGUCUUCUCAAAGUAAGAUUGUAAUGAUGACUACUUGUCUUUACAAGAAAGUCCCCUCCCUUUGUUACAGAAAGGCCUUUUGUGUGAUCUGGUUUUAGGUGUGAUUCAGUUUCAUGGUCAAAAUUGACCCCAUCCUACUUGAGUUUAUGUCAGCAUGACCAAUUUGCUUUUCUGAAAGCAGAAUUGAUCCUAUCAUUGAAUAGAUAAAAGGAAUAUAGCCCUGAGGGGGGAAAAAGUGAUCAUUCACCAUCCUUUUUUUUUUUUUUUUCUGUUGGUAA